CUGAGAGGCGGGUGAUGGACGCGCAUUUCCUGAGCGCAGCUGCACGGAGUAACAUGAGAGCAGAAACAGUGAGAGGAUGGCUGGAGAGGGCCGGGCUGGGAGAUGUUGCGCGAGCUGCUGCUGCUGCUGUUUGUCCUGAGUGAAGGCGGCUUUCCGGCGGCGGCGGCGCGCGCUGUGUCUCCUCGCGGAGAUGAAUACUUUCUACAUCACCAUUGAAUUGAUCAUCGCUGUGCUGUCUAUCGUCGGCAACGUGCUGGUGUGCUGGGCCGUCUCCAUCAACUCCAACCUCAAAACCGCCACCAACUACUUCUUGGUGUCUCUGGCUGUCGCUGAUAUCCUGGUCGGCUGCCUCGCCAUCCCCUUCGCCAUCACCAUCAGCAUCGGGCUGCCCUGCGACUUCUACGGCUGUCUCUUCCUCGCCUGCUUCGUCCUGGUGCUCACUCAGAGCUCGAUCUUCAGCCUCCUGGCGGUGGCCAUCGACAGAUACCUGGCUGUCAAAAUCCCACUCAGGUAUAAGGAGCUGGUGACAGGAAACAGAGCCAGAAGGAUCAUUGCCAUUUUAUGGAUUCUAUCAUUCAUCAUCGGCCUCAUUCCAUUUGUGGGCUGGAACAAGAAAGCCAGCGCUUGCAGUCCGAAUAAAACUCAAAGUUUGCAGAAUUCCAGCACAGAUAAAGGAGUACCGGCGGAAGCAAACCAGAGCUGCGAGCUAAAAUGCCUCUUCGAGAGUGUCGUGGACAUGAGCUACAUGGUCUACUUCAACUUUUUUGGAUGCGUACUGCUGCCCUUGCUCAUCAUGCUGGUCAUCUACGUCAAGAUUUUUACGGUGGCUCGGAAGCAGCUGCGCCAGAUCAAGCUCGGAAGCGUGAUGGGCAAUGGCGAGAGCCGCCAACACCAGCACCAUCGUGGGUUCCUGCAGCGGGAAAUUCGUGCUGCCAAGUCGCUGUCCAUUAUCGUAGGACUCUUCGCGCUGUGCUGGCUGCCUGUUCACGUCCUCAACUGCCUCACGCUGUUUGUAUUGACAGGAAAGAAGCCAGAGUACAUCAUGUACGUGGCCAUUAUACUCUCACACGCCAAUUCGGCCGUCAACCCCAUUAUUUAUGCGUACCGCAUCCGCGAGUUCAGAAACACCUUCCGGAAAAUUCUGGCACGCCACUUUCUUUGCCAUCGGGAAGAGUUAUACCUGAGCUCCAACGGAAGCACCCGGAACAGAGAACAGAUUACCAUGACCAGUGAUCCUCUGUUAUAGGAUCAUUAAACACUGGAAAUGGCUAUAUUUUAAUUUUAUUUUAUUUUAAUGAGCAUGAUUCAAAAUAUUGGGAGCAUUGUUUACAGACCAGAGAAUAACUGCGAGAAUGUGGAUUGCGAGGCUGUUCAUGAUGACUGACGGAAGUGUAUUGGUGGCACUUUAAAAGCAGGUCGCUUUCGACCUUUUUUUUUUUUUCAACAUUGUUAUUAAACUAAAGCAAAGGGGCCAAAAUGCUCCUCGACCUAACACUACUAUAGACAGUAGAGAUACAGGAAGUAUCUCAUCACCCUGACACGACUAACAAGCCUGAACAAAAUGUGCUCUUCAUUCCAAGUCUUAAGGGACGAAAAACGUGCCUCUAUACCUAGAUAGAGGUUAAUCCUGGUGAUGGACAAUGACGACAGUAAACAAAGGGGACGGGAGCAAUGUCCAGACAGCACAGAAGUGGGGGAAAUAUUUAUUGUACACUUUUAAGUCUAUUUUGAAGGAACUGCAACGAGUUGUAAAGGACACACAGCCAGACAGACUGGGGCACAAAAAAGACUUAAAAAAAAGAAGAAGAAAGAAACGGCUUCUAACAUUUAACCUGUAACAGUCUUUUAAAAAGUGUCAUGUUGGAAUUUUAAAGACCAAUUUUAAUUAUUCUUUACAAUUUAGGUUACUACAGAAAGCUCAGGAAAACCACGGGGGGCGUCUUGGACAAAUCCGGUGAAGGAAAACCGGGCUGGUUGCCGAUUUUUUUUUUGGAAAGAGAUAGCACUGUGUAAAUGGUUCAAUUAAGCUCAUUAAGAUGUUACAUUCUAGAGUUGAAGUAUUACCGUUCUCUCAAAGGUUCCUAAAGCAAGUCUGUUUGGACUCGUCUCUUUGUAAGUCAUUAGAACCUGUUUUUUCAAUAUGUCUCGACAAAAGCGAAAUUUCCACAUCUUUCAAUGGUAUUACGUCAAUUUACACACAACUCCCACACACACACACACACACAGUCAGUCUCCCACAUAGAACAAACCAAGUGGUCCCAGCUGUCCCAGUGUUGGACUCGGGGUUAUCGUCUCCCUCAUGGGUGCGUCAGCGCUCCCGAGGGCCUGGUUUGUCAUUGAAUGUCCAAGUGCAACGAACUGCUGAGGCAGAGAAGCAGAGAGCGUCUACUGCACUGAGAUUUAACAUCUGACGUUCGAGCAAAAAAAGAAAAAGAAAAAGUGUCUGCGGCAAACCUGAUUUAAAGCGUCACCUCUGAGCUAGCAGCCUCCUACCUCUUCAACACGACAUACUGUGAAUUUUAGCCACUGUCCUUGAUGACCGAUCAGAACCAUGUGACUAUAAAAACCAGAUUCGAAGAAGAAACUAUUUUACGUCUCGAGUGAUUUAAGAAUGGUGUUACGAGGUGAACGGAUGACACUGAAGAAUUUAAAAUACUUAACGUUGUCAUUUUUCGACAGAGAAAUAAAACACAUUUAGGCACCCUGUCACAUUAUACCGACGGUGUGGUGUGUAGCACAUUACCAACGAUUAAUUAUUUUUAUUUAUUAAAAAAGUUUUUUUUUACUCCAUGAUAUCACUUAAUUUAUAACAGCUAUGAUUUUUUUUAUCCUGUAACACACAAAUAAAUGCAGCUUGUCAAAUUACCAAGAAAUCACAAACUGCUCCUUGCUAAAGACUUUCCCAUGUUGGGAAACUCUAUAGCUUUAGUCUUAUUACAAAAUAAAUUUACAGAGUUAAAGGCUGCACAAUCCGUUUGAAGCACAUUAACAGGAUCCUGUGACGCACCUUGCAGCUGGAGGUGCUGCUAUAGAGAAUUAAUCAACACCUUCUGACCAAUCAGAAUGGAGACAGAUAUAAGAUUAAAACCCAACUGAACCGAAAGAGUUUAAUUGCUUAAUGCCGCUCCAAAAGGUUAAAACUGUCACACUGACUUAAAAAAAAAAGUCAAUCAGUCUGAGUGAUCAGCGAACACCCUGAAACGACACGACCACUUAUACAUCACGCACGUAUUCCAACAGACAUCUGAGCAAAGCGAAGCAAGACGAGACUGGGGUUAAAAUUAAAAAGCUAGUUGGCGAUUCGACGAUGCAGGUGAACAAGAGCUCUGGAAGUUCUUAACGAAACAUUAAGCCUUUUAAAUCUUUCUUUUAUUACUACUCUUAAGGGCUAAACUGCAGGAAUGUGCCAAACUGAAUGGACAUUCCCAUGGAGACCAAUCUGUACUGCACUGUAGGGGUGUAAGCUGACAUUUUAUUCGCUUGGAAAAAUACAUUGUGUACUUUUAAUAGCUUCGGUGAAAGCGUAAAAAAUAUAUAUAUUUACUUUUCAAAUAAAAUUAAGUAUAGACGUUUAAGUUCUACUCUGGCUCUUACAGUCCUGUCUACAGAAAGACAGAAACGCUUUUGGAAAAGUGUGUUUUUUAAUGUGCUACAGUACAGUAUUCGUAAAGCAUACACUGUGGUUCAUAAUCGAUGUUGAGUAUUUGUGUUGACGUGUUAUCACGAUAUGCUUGUCAGUUGUAUGAAGCAGUACUGUUAUUUAACGUUAAUAUGUAUGUUUGGUGACUUAUUUUGUUAAUAAAAGUCCUUUAUAUAUAUAAAAAGAAAGAAACAAUAAA